CGUUUAUGUCCUGUACUCAUUGUUUCCCGCGUGUAUAACGCAAGUGGUGCACAGAGCAAUCAAACAGAAGGCAGCAUUCACUUCACGUCACUACAGAACAGACAGAUGGGUUGCUAUGGGCCACUGCACUAAACAUUAAAUAGUGGUAGCGUUAUCUCAUGUAGUUGUCAGCAGAGAGCCCAAUGUGGAAUAUGUUCUGAUCCAUACUGGGCACCUGGCAUAGAAGCUGCUAUGUGGUCCAAGAACUGACAUGGCUGCAGAUCAUGACGAAGAUGGUUAUCUUGGCUAUGUACAUCACCCCUUCUUUAUUUAGUGCUAUGACAUCAUAAUGCCUAUAAAGAAUGGCUCUUAAUAAAUCCAUGCACCCCAGAAACCGCUACAAGGAUAAACCUCCUGACUUUGCUUAUUUAGCUUCCAAGUAUCCUGAAUUUAAACAGCACGUCAAUAUGAAUCUGUCUGGAAGAGUUGGCUUGAACUUCAAAGACCCUGAAGCUGUCCGUGCAUUGACCUGUACUCUACUGAAGGAAGACUUUGGUCUGACUAUUGAUAUACCCCUGGAGAGACUCAUUCCCACAGUGCCACUUAGGCUAAAUUAUAUUCACUGGGUGGAAGAUCUGAUCAACUUCCAUGAAUCUGACAAAAGAACAGUCCGACGAGGGAUUGACAUAGGCACCGGUGCAUCCUGCAUAUAUCCAUUACUGGGAGCCACUUUGAAUGGCUGGUAUUUUCUUGCAACUGAAGUGGAUGACAUCUGUUACAAUUAUGCCAAGAAAAAUGUCGAGCAGAAUCAUUUGGCAGAUCUCAUUAAAGUGGUUAAAGUCCCCCAGAAGACACUUCUGAUGGAUGCAUUAAAAGAAGAGUCAGGCAUCAUCUAUGAUUUUUGUAUGUGCAAUCCUCCUUUUUUUGCCAAUCAGAUGGAAGCUCAGGGAGUGAAUUCUAGAAACCCUCGCCGCCCACCACCCAGCUCUGUGAAUACUGGGGGCAUUACAGAGAUCAUGGCUGAGGGGGGAGAGCUGGAGUUUGUAAAGAGAAUCAUCCAUGACAGUCUUCAGCUGAAGGAGAGAUUAAGAUGGUACAGCUGUAUGCUGGGUAAGAAGUGCAGUUUGGCUCCAUUGAAGGAAGAGCUGCGAAUACAAGGGGUUCCUAAAGUUGCUCACACAGAAUUUUACCAGGGGCGUACAAUGCGUUGGGCACUGGCAUGGAGUUUCUAUGAUGAUGUGAUCAUUCCGAACCCUCCUUCUAAAAAAAGAAAGCUGGAAAGGCCACGGAAGCCUGUGAUGUUCUGUGUGUUGGAGACAACAGUAAAGAUGCUUAAGAGCAAGUCUGAGUGCACAGGUGACCUGAACCAUAUUUCUGUGGUCACAGACUGUCUAAAGAAGGUACUUACUGAUCUGAAGGUGCAAUAUAAACCUGUGCCCUGUGGGAAUGGAGAAGAAAGUAUAUUUUUGACAGCUAUUGAAAAUUCUUGGGUACAUAUCCGUAGAAAAAAGAGGGAUCGAAUGAGGCAGCUGAGAGAGUUACCUCGAGCUCCUGAUGAAAACUUUCUGGUAGCUCAAAAGGAUGAAAGACAAGCAGAAGAUGAAGAGACUAAAGGAAAAACAGAAACCUCUGCAGAGACAAGUUUGUCUACUUCCGGUGUGUGUGAUGCCUCUGCCGUGCCUCUAAAUUCAAUAGACACCACUCCUGAGUCUAUGGAGGAGGACUCCAGACAGUUGCAAGAAGUGGCUGAAGUCACUCCAGUGGAUGAGCAUGAUUCUUCUGAAGAAGUCAACCAGGUCACAAUGGAAGCAUCACAAUCAGUCUGUACCAGCAACUCUCCCUUUCUUUUUAAAAGUAUUAUAAAUAUUAAAAAGGAGACCACGGGUGUACAGGUAGAGAUGCACUGGGUGGAAGGCCACAACAGAGACUUAAUGAACCAAUUGUGCACAUACCUGAAGAACCAAAUUUGUAGACUUGCCACCAGUUAGUAGUUCUGUAACCCAACAAUUUACAUGGUCUCUUUUUCCCUAUUAAGUUUUUAUCAGUUCAUAGAACAGUUAAAGGGAAUGUUGCCAUUUUCAAAAAAAUAAUAAAAUGGUAUUAUGAAUUUA